AUGAAAAAGAUCAUCCGUUCAAUAUCUAUGGACGAAAGGAUACCUGAUUCGUGGAGACACGCUAUCAUAAUUCCCCUCCACAAGAAGUUAUCCGUUAUCGAAGGAAUUAUCGAGGAAUCUCUUUGCUGCGUGUUAUGUACAAGGUGCUGGAGCGCAUUAUCCUGGACCGAUUCAUUAAACGAAGAAACAACGCGCGACGAGCAAGCUGGCUUUCGUCCUGGCCGAUCUACGAUUGACCAGGUGUUCAUCGUCAGGAGAGUGAUCGAAAUCUGGCAGCGUUAUUCAAAGCCAACGCAACUAACGUUUCUGGACUUUGAAGCAGCUUUCGAUUCUCCUCAUCGAGGACGUCUUCUCAACGCGCUCCGCGUCGAUGAGUACCAGGAAAGUUCGUUAGGUUGCUUGAUGACAUGUAUCAACGAACAAUUGCUGCAGUUCGAACACCUGCGGGAUGUACAACACCGUUUGAGGUGGUAA